ACUUACACACUCGCAUCCCUCUCUCUGCACUCCUGUACCUCUCUCUCUGCACUUCUUCUGUACCUCUCUCUCCCUCUCGCUCUCUCUCUCUCUCUCUCUACCUCCCUCUCUCUCUCUCUCUCUCUCUCUCUCCACAGACACUGGUCUCCAACUUUCCCCGCACAGAGAGAGUUUGUGGACACCGGCUCGCCUUCCCUGCUCCCUGUCGGAGGGUGUACUCUCGCUCAUCCCUCCGCUCCACUUUCCUCCUUCCCUCCUUCAUUCAUUCUCCCUCUCUCUCUCUCUCUCCCUCUCUCUCUCCCCUCUCUCUCUCUCUCUCUCUCUCUCCUCCGCUCCUGGUAUAACUCGCGUGCUCGCGCUGCCUCGCAGCACACACGGCGCUACGAAGAAAACCGGAACACGUGACAAUUUCCGGAGCUCGAUUUAUUUAUUAAUUUUUUUUUCUUUCUCCCCCUUCCCCUUCCCUCCUCUUAUUUAUUUAUUUAUUUAUCUACGUUUCCCUGCUGGUUUAACUCUCCCCGGACCAAACAAAUAUGAAAUUGCUGGUCGACUCCUCCUCAUCUCUCCUGUUCUCGCUGCUACUGGCUCAGCUGCCCUUGUUUACGUCUGCCUCCCCAGUCAGUCGGCGGUUUCACGAGUUGGAUAAACUGUCCAAUCAGACCAAAAACCUGCUGAAGCUUACGCAAGACCUACUAAAAGAGCACGCGUUCGACUCAGACAUGGAGCCCCACAGGUUCAGGUCUCUGCCAGCAAUGACCAACAGAGCAGCCAGUGACCUCAGCAACCUUGAGCUGAAACCAACUCUCUCUCAGCUGCAUGCCGACCUGAAGCUGUUCGAGCACCACUUUGAGUGGCUGAACAGGGUGUCGAGGAAGCACCACCACCGUGCCCUGCCCAAGCUGGGGGAGGUGAUCAGGGAAAUGAAAACUCUCAUCACCCUAGUGCACCGUCAGAUGGUGAAAGUCGAGGCACCGAAGCUGCCUCCGGCAUCCCCCUCUCUCCCCCCUAAUCUCCCGUACCAGUUUGAUGUCCUGCAGUCCUCCCAUGAACUCCUCCAGCAGUUCAAGCUCUUCUGCGAUUGGGCGUAUCGUGUAUUCAUCAGCCUCAAGCCCAAAAUAUCUGCAGUGCAAUGAUGACCCAUGUAGUCUGUGCCACGGCUGCACAGCCCAUGGGGAUGCACAGAUUUUCGCACCUCAGCCGAAAAGGGGUAAAAGGACCAUAUUAGUGUGCACUGUAGCCAACGGCGGACGUAAGCCUAAACUUCAACCAAUGAAAUGUGUGUUGAGGGAUGUGUCUUUCCACCAGAGCCAGUGAUGAUGCUUUAUACUGCAGCCAAUGUCGGCCACCAUGAUUAACCUUAAGGCAACCUGCCAAAUUCAUUAAUACUGAACAUGUCAUGAUUUAUCAUCCCAUCCCCAAGAUGCCUUGUUCAUGAUCAUGUUAUUUAUGUAUUUAUUUAUUUAUUGACUGUUCUUAAUUUAUUUAAUGUUAUUUAUUUAAUUUUGUAAUGUGUCACUCUUAAGUUUAUUUCUUUAUCAACGUGAAUUUAGUUCCCUUUAUCCUUCGACCCCCCCCCUCACUUUUUUUUUCUGUUGACCCUCAAGAAAGUAAAUGAAAAACACAAUACAAGCACACAGUAGUAAUUCCUGAAUUUGCAGCUCUGAUAGUGAUUGCCUUCAAGUUAACCAAACUGAAUUUGCUCAAACCUUUAUUUAUUUCUUUAGCCAACGGUUCCAGUAGAUGUAGCAAACAUUUAGGACAGCCAAGGGGUUUUUUUUUUGUUGCUAAUCUCUCCCCCUCUCUCUUACAGUGCUCUUAUCUUUCAAAAUACGUUUCUGAAGAGGUUACCGAUAUAAUCUUCCAACUGUGUCAAAUGUGCCAACCGUUCGCAUUUCAAUUUAUGGCCUAAGAAGUUUUCAUGUAUCCGUACACUUCAGGAUGGCACCCAGAACAGAGCAUAGAUGGUUUCUUGUGUACUAAGGGCAGAGUUUUGUACUAAGUUUUGCAGAGUCUUGUGUACUAAGGGCAGAGUUUUUUCCACAGGGCCUGUUUCUCGUCAUCCUGCACGAGGACACAUAUCUAAUGUUGUGGUAAAGUUGUAUGAGUGUGCCCUGUUGCUGAGCACUGAUGGACCUGAUUAGAUUCUUUGCACAAACUUGUUGGGAUUAUCUAUCGGAUGAAUGAGAUGGCUGAUUUUGAACCUGUGCUUUGGGGUAGAUGAAUGAUUUUAUUGUUAACUUAAACACCCCAUGCCUUAAAAUACUAUAUAUUGUGAUACAAUGGUUCUGUAUAGCUGUACAUAAAUGUACAAGAAUGUAAAUUGUUGUAUACAAUACUAUUGUGUAUUAUAGUGUUUUCUAUAAUAUAAUGUAGAAUACUUUAUCAGUUCUAGCCCCAUCAAUUUGUCCAUUUUAAUAUAAUUCUGUUCUAGUAUUUGAUACAGUAUUGACUAUUUAUUUAAGUUACUUUUGUGGAACUAUUUAUUUUGCGCUGCAGAGGAGCAAGUCUCCCAAUCUUUUUUUGUACUUUUAUACUGUUUUUAUUCCUAUUUACUAUCAUAACAUGUUUAAAUUAUUGUUGUACCAUCAAGUUGACUCUUCCACACACUGAUUGGCCUUAAUGUGAAAUAUGUGCUUUGGCGAAAUAAAUAUUAAGUAA